UUAUCCGCCCACCGGAGAGGUGAAAUCUUUAUCUUUAUCCUUAUUGAGUGGCUCCAGUUGGGUUUUUUUUUUUGGAGUGGGCUUGCGGAUGCAGUUGUUGUGCACUCCCUUCUCAGAAGAUCCGUUGCCGAGCUGUCAAGGCUCGCCGCUGCGUGGUACCCGACCCCCGGUGCCGCGGUGCGUUCUGGCCGAGUUUUAAGUGGGAGCCCCUCGGCGUGUCGGGCUCCGUCGUCCGGUCUUCUUUUUCUUACUGAGCCAAAAAAAACUAAAAACCUUCCAAGCUGCUCACCGGCUCGUUUGUCGGCUUCGUAUCGCUUCCCUUUUACUGUUCACCGGGAUAAACGGAGGCGCAGCGGCGGCAGGGACCAUGAGCGGACAAGGGGACGAGGCCACGGAAAGCUCCCAAGAACCCACCGCGGAGGCAGCGGAGCCCCAGAAGAGGAGGCCGGGGAGACCGAGGAAGCCCCCAAAAGAACCCAGCGGAGAGCCUGUCCCCAAGCGACCAAGGGGCCGCCCCAAAGGAAGUAAGAACAAGGGCCCCUCCAAGGCAGCGCAGAAGAAAGCUGAGGCGACCGGAGAGAAAAGACCCAGGGGGCGACCCAGGAAAUGGCCGCAGCAAGUCGUCCAGAAAAAGCUUGCUCAGGGAGAAGAGGAAGCAGAAGAGGCUGGAGAGUCCACAGAGGAGGACUAAGCUACCACACAAUGAAAUCUCUACCUCAUUUAGCUGUCAAGUCUUUCAAAGGGAAAAGACUGCCUUGACCACUUAUUUUUUAACUUUUUCCAACAUGCUAUUUUACUCAACUCAAUUUCUAUUAGAUCAUUUUAAACCUUUGCUCUGUCAAUCAAUGGGCAGAAACGGCCUUUAAAUUGCCCCUCAUACAUUUUCACAUAGUUAAUAAAAACAAAUGUUUAGUCGUUGUGUUGGUGUUAGCGCACAUUGGUAACAGAUUCAAACCAGCACAGAGUUUAACUCCAGACAUUCUGGUUGUCAAAACAAACGGAUCAGGCUACAGACAGAAACCACAUUGGCCUGGUGCAACACACUCCUCGACAAGACACAACAAGUAAUUAAAUGAUUCACGGUCCUCAGAUCAUCAUCGUGUCCACACGAGUAAGAGCUUUAGUAGGGGGAGAAUCAACCCGAAGACUGCGCCAUUGUCCUGAUGUGCACAUGCACACAGUCUCAUCAGAACUCCGCUUCGCUCUCGCUGAUGUCGGUGAACUGCCCCGCCUACUGCUCUAGAAAACGAUAGAACCUCUUCACAUCCUGUCGGUGCUCCAACUACUACUGUGACCCCAUUGCUCGGAUUUAUAUUAACAAGCUUGUCUACGUUGUGUUCUCCAGCUUGUUCUUUGUGCAACAUAGCUUUAAAACCUCAAUCCCAUCACUGACGUUAAAUCGUCAAAGAACAUUAACCUCAAGAAAAAACAAAAUCAAACCACACAAUACCUCAUGAUUCACUUGAUACCUGGACAACUCAUCACUACUUCACUGCCACAGAAAGCCUUACCUUUAAGGAAACCUGAUGGUAUGCCAGUGCCUUCUGGUCAUUGAUGCAAUGCAUCCUAUCAUGAUUUCAAACUACCUCAGCACAGCCAAUGGAAACUGUUGCUCAGCACACACAAAACGAUGCCAGGCGAGUCAAGGCAGGUUGAAGAUUAUACUGCACAUUAAUGCGAGGUCAUGCCGGUUAGUUUUUUUCUUGUCAUGAGGGAACAGAGAUGAGGGAACAGAGAAAUCUUUUUUGUUUGAUUACGUCAGGUAAACACUACAAAAUCCAGAAAGUAAAGAUCCAAAAGUUCUACAUCAUGAAGCCAUGCGCAUAAACAUUAAAAGAAACCAUCUGUCCUGUUGGUUAUGACAUGUCUUACCAGUGAUUUGACAAGAGUGCAUUGAUAUGAAGAAUAUUUGUUAAAACUCUGAAUCUUAAUCCACAUGUAUGUCAUUAGAUCACAUGUUUUUACUUAUAACUGGUUGUGGUCGUGCUCACUUUGGAUUGUGGAUUCUCGCUCACUCGCCUUGGUCAAGAAAGAGUUGAUGGAUUAUAACAAAUAUCUUGGCGGAUAAAUUCUAACGAACAUUGAACUCAUGACUGAUCAGCUCUUUAAAUACCUAUUUAUACUUUUGCUUUGCUGGACAUUUCAUGUAAACACAACAACUUUUGGGUCGAACUGAUUUCUUCCUAUUUAAGGCAGUGAGACCUUCUUCACUGAUGAUGGUGAUGGUGAUAUUGAUGAGAGAAGGUCAGUUAUCCACCCUAUAACAUUUGUCUGUGUCUUCUAAAUCCAACAGUUAAACUGAAAGUAUCUAUACUUGUCUCCAACCUCAUCUGUGAAAGGAGGCUAGGUAUUAGCCAUGUGACUGAAACGUCAACAUAACCUGUAGGAAUGACGGUAACAUUUAGAAAAUUAUGACAUUUAGCCACAAGUAGUUGGCCGAGUAAACUCAAGCGAUAAAAGCGUUGCGAGAUUUCACUUUGCUUUUGGUGUGAACGCAGCAAUAGAGAUCUCUAGAAUUGAAGUGAAUUUAUUUGUUUGUCUCAGUCAUCACUGUGCUUACUCUCCUGAUGUGAUCUUCUUUAGAGAUUCCUGGAAAAAGCCUCCAUUCAAUGGUUUCUUUUACAUACUUAAAACAGAAAAGCAGCUAGCAUAUCAUGUACUGUUUUCCUAAAUGUUCAUUUUUAUCUCAACAUUGUAAUGAAACCUGUUUAGCAUCAUCUGCAAAAUGGAACUUUUUAACAAACUCUUACUUUGAAUUCAUUUUUUUUCUGAUUUAUACAAUGGUUUAAUGUGGAUCAAUAGUCAUUAUGGCACUUCAUGAUAUCAAUACAAAUGUUUUAUUUUUUGCCUUUGAAUAGUUAGUUGUUUUUUAUGAGCUAUGUACUACCUAUAAAUGUACAGUACCUCAAACUGACGGUUAAAAUGGACUAACCAAUUGACAAAUACCUACCUCCAGUUUAUUCACAUUGUAUGAUAUGAUCUAUAUCAGGACUGCAAAAACUCAUUACCUAAUGUAUCAGAUCAAGCUUCCAAUCUCAGUACAUUUGGAUUCUCACAUUCAAAGUGACUUUUGGGUUUUGAAACAGAUAUGUCUGAAUUUUGUAUAUUGUAUUCUCGUAAUGUUUUCUUAUUUUUAAUUAGUAGAUAGCUGUUUUGUGUACUUCACACAAAUGUGAUCUCUUUUCUUGUAAUAUGGUUAAACCAGAUGUAAUUGGAAUUGUUUUUUACUUAGUGAUGGAUUAUAUAAUUCAUUACCCAUCAUCAUGGCAACCUUUGAAAAGUUUACGUGGUAUAUCUAACUGGGCCUGAGGUAGAGCCUCGUAGGUACUACGUUGAUCAUGUUACACCGUUCUUCAUCACCCACAACAGAAUGGAACCGUGGCUGUUUAGUACAGGUUGUGGUAAACUCUCGCCAACCAACAAUCUGCACAUGUCUUGGAUAAUAUUACAUGAUUUGUUUUGUUUUGUUUUUAGGAAGCCUAAAAAUACACCAGAAGGGAAAAAAAUCAAAUUAAAAUAUUUCCUUCAUAACCUAAACUAUGCAGACACUGUGCAGGUGAUGCGGUUUCUAAUAAUCUGACCAAUCCCAACAGAGACAUACGCUGCUAUUAAAUAAGCUACCUGAGCUAGCUGUUAAAAAUGGCUGAUCAGUGCCUUUGAGUCAAUGGUUUCGAAACAGACAGGCUUUAAUUUUAAUAGCAUCCAUUACCCAAUGUCGAAAUUCUUUCAGCUCUGGGAGUCUUAAUUAAGAUUUCUCCUCAUGAUAUCCUGUUCUAGUACAAUCAAAUACAAAUUGCUACCUCCAGAAAGGCCUACCUUUACCUCAUUUUCAAAAUUACUGUUAAAAAUUCAGGUGUACGAGAGCAUAUGGAGAACAUUUUAAAAUGUCUAUAUAUAUAUCUAUACAUAUAUAGAGUAUAUGGUUUAUUUUUGUGGGGAUGAAUUUUAAAAGACGCUUCUUCGCUGACUCUCAUUCAUUGUUCGGUAUUACUGGACUUGUAACCUUAAAAAAAUAAUUUUCUUACUGUAUGCAAUGUUUCUUAGUUGCAGAGAGGGAAGUGUGUGAUUUCCCUCUGCCUUGCUCCUUCUGUGAGUAUUUUAAAUGUCUUGUACCGUGACUAACUGUUGUUGCUUUCUCUACCCACAUAGUAUUACUGUCUUUUAUUUCUCUACAAAUUCUGCUUGCUUCUUAGACAAAAGUCUUUAUAGAUAUUCACUGCGUUUUACCCAGCACAAUAAAAAAAAUAUGGCAUCCAUAACAUAAA